GUCUAGCCUUGAUAUACUGUAAAUAGUGGAAGGUCCGCGACUUGUUUACUACCACUGCUCUCACCAUGUAGAUCACAUUUACUAGCUAGGUAUACGACAAGAUUCCCGUACUCACCUACUUCAAUUUUCCCGCCCAGCUUGAUAGUGUUCGUCGUCGGAGUAGGAGGUUGACAUGGCUGUGUUGGUUGGUCAGCACCCGAUUGUCUCAUCAGCGUUGUCGGUCGUCAACAACUUCAACGGCCCUGCAUUCUUCGAAAUAUGCGCAUCGUUGCUGGUAGAUUCUCUCUUCUUGAAUGAAGACGCGCUAUUAUGCAAUAAACCGGGCUUACGAUGGCAAUCGUGGAAAACAAAAAUUAGCCUGUGACACAUCCUGUUUCACAACCAGACGCGUCAUUCCAGACCAUUCGGCUGCCUUACUAUUUGAUCAACAAAGGAUAGCUUGUGUAUUCGGAAACAUACCAUAUGGAGGUGAUCGCAGUCCGUCUUAUGGCGAUGAUGGUGCCAAGGGACGGCUAUCACGGCAACUGCGGCUAUGGUAUGUUCUCUUCGAAGGUCCGAAUGGCAGUCGACGUCAGUCAGUCAAUUUCCAAUAAGGAACUGUAGAGGUGUAUGUAUGAUGAGGCCGGCUGGGAAUAUCAUGACAAGCAUUUCUUUCAUUUCUCAUUGACCUCCCAGACUAUUCAGACUAGAGCCAUGUCUCGUCCUUCCCUUCCUACUCGCAGGAUUGGCACUACCGACGUUACCGCCAUUGGAUGGGGUGGUAUGGGUCUAUCUGCAUUCUAUGGAAAACCCCUACCCGACGAAGAACGCCUCAAGCUUCUUGACGCUGUGUAUGAGCACGGCUGUACCAACUGGGAUACCGCUGAUGUCUACGGUGACAACGAGGACCUCAUCGGUAAAUGGUUCAAGAAGACCGGCAAGCGAAAUGAGAUAUUCCUUGCUACGAAAUUUGGCUUUGUCUUCAAAGACGAUAAGAUUGUCAACGGCUCUCCGGAGUACGCCAGGAAGGCGUGUGAGAAGUCUCUGAGUAGACUGGGGAUUGACCAAAUUGACCUCUAUUAUCUUCACCGGCCGGAUCCUACUGUUCCCAUUGAGCUCACAGUCGGUGUCAUGGCCGAACUUGUCAAGGAGGGUAAAGUAAAGUACCUCGGCAUCUCUGAAUGUUCUGCAGCGACUCUUCGCCGUGCCCAUGCCGUCCAUCCCAUCUCGGCUCUUCAAGUCGAGUAUUCUCCCUUCACCCUUGACAUCGAGGAUGAGAAGGUCGGCCUGUUGAAGACAGCCAAGGAGCUAGGGAUUGCGGUUGUUGCUUAUUCUCCCAUCGGACGUGGUCUUCUCACGGGACAAUACAAAGGACCCGAGGACUUUGAUGAAGACGACUUCAGGCGCAAGAUCCCCAGGUACUCGAAGGAGAACUUCCCUAACAUUCUCAAGCUCGCCGAUGGAUUGAAGAAGAUCGGAGAACGCCACAAUGCCACUGCUGGUCAAGUCGCUUUGGCGUGGCUUCUCGCACAAGACCCGAGCAUCAUUCCUAUUCCCGGUACGACCAAGGUUAAGUACCUUGAAGAGAACCUUGGUGCUUUGAAUGUGCGACUCUCGUCGGAGGAGUUGCUUGAAGUGCGAAAGGUAGCCGAGGAGGCUAAUGCUUGUCAAGGGUUGAGAUUCCCUGAAGCCUUCGGUGCAGUUCACUUUGCAGACACUCCUGCCUUGAACGUUUGAGCAUAAAUGAGUAGUGUACGAAGAUCUGAGGUCACAUAACUUCUCUACUAAAUCUUUGGACAAUCAAACGUCUUUCAGAAUAAUAGUCAUUGCACGUUUUGCUAUACCUUCCGGGUGAGGACGCUGAAGCCUGGAGAGUGGCGUUUAAUGAAGGGGAGGCAGCAGUCGACGAGCGACUCUUAGUAUAGCUGUACAAGGCAAUCUAUCUGCACGCAACAAGAGAAUAUAUCUGCACCCCUUUCUCCCAUAUGUCUCGUACACUCUACAAUGAUACGUUGUGAUUGAACUACAAACUCUUGCAAAUUGGAAAGACCGCGAUUACAGG